ACACACACACAAUCUAUUUUGUUGUUAUGAUGUUAUGAAAAAAUCUGUAUCUUCGUUUAAAUCCCAUUUGAAAACCCACUUCUAUUGAAUGGCUUUCUAAUAAAUAUACAGCGUUGUAACAUGUGUUUUAUUUGUCAAUUUUUCUCUUUGUUGUUUUAUAUUUGUUUGUUCUAAAGCACUCUGUAACCAUUGAUUUUGUGAUCAGUGCUAAAAACAAACAAUCUUCAUUAUUAUGUUAUUGAUAUGAAUCUGUAAAAGGAAUAUAGUUUACAUUGGAUGACAUCAUCACAAGAUCUCAAAAAUGUAUUGUAUCAAUUAAAACUGUCUUUACUUUGACUUAUACACAGAAUUGGACAUUAUCAUCCAUCUCACAUGUAUUCAGUAGGUUGUGAGUGAAAGAGAAUCCGUGAGUUUAUUGCUAUGUCAAGUGGUAAAUCCAAAAGUUAGUUGAGAGUCUUCAUGAGCCCAUUUUGUUUGUUUUUUUUAAUCUCACCAGCACAAUAUUUCUUAAUCCAGUAAUGUAUUAUGCUCUCAUGUUUUUUUUACACCUGCAAAUUAACACAGACUAACUAUUUAAGUAAUUUUAAUUAUCUUUCAACAUGUUGCCUGGUCAUCAUUUACUUGAGCUUCAGACGUAAGAACUUAGGAUAGCCUUGUGAUGGUGUGUUUGAACGCAAGCAAGCAGAACUUUCUUUAUAUAUUCCAGAGGAGAUACAAUGUGCUUGUUCUACCUGAACUCUGGGUUUCCGUGGUUCUCAGCCCCUGAAUGUCUCUACCUUGAAUACGCAGUUAGAAGGCCAGUUCAUGUGAAUCCCACCGGCUGCUGUCCAUGGUGCUGAAUCCCCCUCCUCAUGUUAGAUUGGUAUCUGCCGGGUCGAGUCGGGACUUAACUUGUUGCACACAGGUGUGAUGAGACUGAACAUUGAUGCUUACAGCUUACUAUGUGUCUUACGCAUGAAUCAUAUUACACACAGCCUUUUACUGGCGACUGGUUUGCGCAUGCGAAGAGACAAGCUGAGGCCACUUGCUUUAACAUAUGACCGUGUGGAGAGCAUCGAUCGCUCUCAAUGCGCACAGCGGGAUAUGCGCGUUUUUACAUAAACAUUAAAUUCAAACCUGGCAACAAAGAUUUCCACGUUAUAUUUUCCUACACGCCUCUCCUGCUACUACGUUUCACGCAACAGGCUGCAAGACCAAUGUGGAGUCUACGCUGAAGAACAGUACCACCACCUGUAACUGUGCCUCUGCUCCCGACUUUUCAUGCCGACACCGAGGAUGAAGAAGCAAAACGUCCGGACUCUGUCGCUCAUCCUCUGCAUGUUUUCUUACUUGCUGGUCGGCGCCGCGGUGUUUGACGCGCUGGAGUCCGAGUCGGAGAGCUCCCGCAGACGCAUCCUGGAGCAGAAGCGCAACGAGAUGAAGAAGAAGUACCGCUUCUCCGAGGACGACUACCGCGAAAUCGAGCGAGUAGUGCUGCAAGCUGAGCCCCAUCGCGCCGGGAGACAGUGGAAAUUUGCUGGUUCUUUUUACUUUGCCAUAACAGUCAUCACCACCAUUGGUUAUGGACAUGCAGCACCAGGCACAGAUGCAGGAAAAGUCUUCUGCAUGUUCUACGCUGUACUGGGCAUUCCUCUGACUUUGGUCAUGUUCCAGAGUCUGGGAGAGAGGAUGAACACAUUUGUCCGCUAUCUCCUACAUAAGGCGAAGCAGUGCCUGGGCUUUCACUGCACUGAGGUGUCCAUGGAGAACAUGGUCCUAGUGGGUUUCCUGUCCUGUAUCGGAACACUGUGUGUGGGGGCUGCAGCUUUUUCCCACUUUGAAGGAUGGAGCUUCUUCCAUGCUUACUACUACUCCUUCAUCACACUAACUACCAUCGGCUUUGGAGACUUUGUGGCCCUGCAGAAAAAGGAGGACCUCCAGGAGAAAACCCCCUAUGUGGCUUUCAGCUUCAUGUACAUCCUGGUGGGGCUGACUGUUAUUGGGGCCUUCCUUAACUUGGUGGUGCUUCGUUUCCUCACCAUGAAUACUGAGGAUGAGAGGAGAGAUGCUCAAGAGAGGGCGUCACUGAAGAGGGACAGAGGCCUUUUGGAUGGGGCUGUGGGUGUCCACGUUGAACAAAGCAGAGACGGCCACAGGGGGAGGAAGAGGAGCAACUUGGUGCACAGUCGCAGCCACAGUACCCUCUUCCUUCCAAUGGAGGAGGGAACCAGCCGCACUAACCUCAUUGCUUCUCCAGUGGAGGACCAGGAGAGACGAAAAAGCCCCUGCAGACACAGGCUGCAUUUUCAGAUCAAGGCAGGCAGACACGGGCCAGAGUCGAGCCUCAGCUCUCUCUGCUCCUGUGUGUGCUACCGGCUGGGCAUUUGUGAUAGUCCUCUUAUGUCCCACAGUGAACACCACGGCUGCCAUAUCAAUUCUGUUUACUACAACUCAGUCUCCUAUAGCAUCCAGGGCUGCUCGCCAGGUUCCAUUGACAACACUGGACUUUCUUCCCCAGGGAGCACACUCUCACCUGGGCAUAGCUUCCGAGAGUUCCCCCGUUCAAGGAGAAAGUCAGUUUAAAGAGCACUUUAGUGAGAGUGAGUGUUUGCACAGACUGUAAACAAUAUUUUCAUUGAUACUGUAUUUUGUGUCACACCUUUUUUGUGCAUGUCAGAAGACACUGAUUCUGUUAAACAAAUACACCGUCUCUUGUGGCUAUUGAAAACGAUUUUAUUUGUAAAACAAGGAUGAGAUUUUUUUUUCCUCUUUUACCGCCAUGACAUCAUUUAUGUUUGUGAUUCUGCAGUUUUCCUCGCAUGUAAGCCUAAGUGCAGUGCAUGCUAAAGAGAAUGUGUAGCACACAAUGUGAAUGCAUGAGUGCUAUGUAAAGAUGUAAAAGGUUGGGCUUUUAAUCUACAGUUUUAACAGAAGUAUUUUUUAAUAGUACUUUAUUUAUGAGUGUAUAACUGUUCAGUGAAGGUAUGUGAAUGAUCCUUGGUGGACUUUGCUCCUGCUUUAGACAAAACCCUAAAUUUUUCAUGCCAUAGCUAGAAGAUGUCAUUAUACUUUUAUAUUUUAAAAAAAGCCUUAAAGAACUUUGACCAAGCACAUGAGGUAUGUGGCUUCUUAGCUCAGUGAGUUUAAUAAAUCCUUUUAGUACUUAUAAUUGGGGGUCAGAAUAACCUUUUGUGCAUUGUUCAGCACUAAUGCACUCUAAUAUCAAGAGAUUAUGCUUGUUAAAACUGAUUGACAUUAAAUGGAUGUAGCACGCAACAGAUAUGUAGCAGGUUAACUUCCCACAAUCCUGGUCAUUUUCCAGUCAGGGAGGUGUUGCUUCCUUGUAGACUUGGUUUGU